AUGGCCACUUCACCCGCCGGCCGUAUGCUGUCCCGCCAGCUGCAGCAGAUGCAGUCUGAUAAGGAUAUUCCUGGCAUCAGCUGUGGCUUGGUCGAUAACAACGUCUUUGAAUGGGAGGUCAUGCUGAUGAUCUCUGAUGAUGUGAAACUUUACGGCGGAGGAUUCUUCCGCGCUCGCCUUUCUUUCCCAUCCGAGUACCCUCACAGGCCGCCGAAAAUGAAAUUCGAGUCGCCGCUUUUCCAUCCUAAUAUCUACCCCGACGGUGAAGUCUGCAUCUCCAUUUUGCACCCGCCCGAGGAAGAUAAAUACGGCUAUGAAUCAGCUGCCGAGCGCUGGUCCCCGGUCCAGACUCCCGAGACAAUUCUGCUAUCGGUCAUCUCCAUGCUCUCCAGCCCGAAUGACGAGAGCCCCGCCAACGUGGAAGCAGCCCGCCUAUGGCGUGAAGACCCCGCCGAGUUCAAGAAGCGCGUUCGUCGAUGUGUCCGCGACAGUCUCGGGGAGGAGUAA